AUGGCUGGAAAUUAUUACCGACUGCAUUUGAACGACUUUGGUCAUGUGAGGUCCCCCGAGCGCAUCAAGGAAACUGAAGAACAUCCUAAAAACGUGGACAAUCAGAGUUUCAGCCCUGUGCACUACAGCUAUUCUUUGAAGAAUUUAGAAGAAGCAGAUAGACAUUGGUUGGUGUACUCAAAGAGCAAGCUUUUUUGUUGUUGCAAGCUUUUUUCGUCAUCUACAGUAAAAAUUGCAAAGAACAGUAUAAGCUACUGGUGGCACCUUACAUCAUAUCUCGAAAGUCAAAGGAAGUCUACCGAGCAUUUGAAUUCACAUAAAAAGCUUCUGAAUACUGAAAGCGAACAUUGGAAAAAUGUUCUUGAGCACUUAAUAGCAAUAAUUCAUUUCCUCGGUCAGCACUGUCUGCCUUUGAGAGGAAGUACAGGUACACUCUUUCAGCCUGACAACAGAAACUUCUUGAAACUUGUUGAAUUAUUCGGAAAGUUUGACACUGUGAUGAUGGAGCACAUGCACAGAGCAAAGCAAGGUGAGAACAAGGGUCAUCAUUAUCUUGGAAAAGAAACGAAGAAUCAAAUAAUUCAUCUUAUUAGAUCAUCUAUAACCAACAACAUUCUAUUAAUGAUGAAAUCUGCAAAGUAUUACAGUAUAAUUCUGGACUGCACACAAGAUAUUUCAAAAGUUGAGCAGAUGACAGUUCUGGUACGUUUCGUCCAGGAGACAAGACUCCACAGGGUAUAUGAUGUCCAAAUUUGGGACCAUUUCCUGGGAUUUCUUCCAGUGCCUGAUUCUUUAUGCUCCACUUUGAUGCAGGUCGUACUCAAGUUCUUGGAAGAUAAAAAAAUCCUAUUGUGUAAUAUGAGAGGGCAAGAAAGAAUGAAAAGCUUGUAUGUCUUCUUCUCAUCCUCCGUUCGACAUUGGGAUGUCUUGAAGAAGUAUCUGCCUAACCUGUCGCUGAAGCCACUGAGCGAUACUAGGUGGGAAAGUAGCAUCGAUGACCUUACUCUGCUGAGGUUUCAAAUUGGAGACGUUUUUGAUGCACUGGUUCAGAUAUCAGAAAAAUUCAAUGGCAUGACUGCUCACGAAACAACGUCACUUGUGAAUCACAUAAAAAACUACACCUUUCUCACAUCUCUGGUAAUCUGA